UACGAAGCUUAAGAAAAAAAAAAAGAGACCGGUUUGGAGUAGCAUUUAGUAGCAUCCACCAGCGACAUACAAAUAACUUCCAGCUGAUUUGUAUUAAAUUUAUUUUCCAUUUUUUUGUGAGACUAGUAUCUUAUCUGUUCGGAGAAUGGGUAGGAGCAGGAGUCGAACUCCUCCAAGACGAGAAAGAAGACGUUCCCGCUCAACUUCUAGAGAGCGUGAGCGAAGACGAAGGGAGCGGGAUCGCUCUCGCUCUCGAGAUCGGGAACGGGACCGUCGCAGGAGUCGCUCACGGUCUCCUCACAGGAGACGCUCAAGGUCUCCCCGACGUCAUCGAUCCUCCUCCCUCUCUCCUUCGAGACAAAAGGAGAGACGAGAUGAUGAGCGCAAAGACUCAAAGGAAAAGACGGCAAAGCCCAUUCAGAUCUCAGCGGAGGACAUGCAGGGCAAAACGGAGGAGGAGAUUGAGAUGAUGAAGCUUAUGGGAUUUGGUUCCUUUGAUACCAGCAAGGGAAAGAAGACCGAUGGAUCAAGUAACGCAUAUGCCGUCAAUGUGACCAUGAAGAGAAAAUACAGGCAGUACAUGAACAGAAAAGGUGGAUUUAACAGGCCGCUGGACUUCAUUGCUUGAAAGUAUCAUCAACUCCAGUGUUCCCCAAGAAGUUUACCUGUGUGUACCCUCCCUUCCCCCCACCCUUAUGAAAA